AUGCAGGCCAAUGAAUCUGAGGAUUACGUAAUUGUAGACUUUGACUUGAAGAGUCUUGAAGGCAAGGACAAUCUUGCCGACGAUGAUUCGUAUGACUACUGUGACGAUUUGAACUCGGUUCAUUCGAGCGGCGAACAUUCGAAUGCAUCGGAUUCUGAAGCUGAGAAUAGCGUGCUGAGCGUCCCUUCUGGUCUAUUAAAGGAGCUGGAUGAGGCUCACGCUGCAGCAAAACUAGCAAUCCCACAGGACUCUGAGGAUGUCACGACUGAGAGUUCUCAAUCUGUCACGAAUUCUGCUACAGAAGAAAACAACAAACAGACUAGUGCUCCGGAACAGGAGGAACAGAAGGCUCCACAGCCAAGUGUGCCUGUAAAGAGCGCACCUCUAAGCCGCAUUUCGAACAAGAAACGCCGCAAACAAAUGAAACUGAUGAAAAAGGCCAUGGCAGCCGCUAAGGCAUCCAAAGCACUGUCGGAGAAGGCUACUGCAAUGGCUACCUCUUCAUCAGUAACGUCUACAAGCAAACCGGUAUCAAACGCCAAAAAGAUGGCGAGAAAGGGCCGAUCUAAGCGUGUUCACCCGCACGUCGCUUGUGCAUAUGAGGAAAUCGCAGCUUACCACAAUGAGGUCCAAAUGAUGGGCCCAAGAGUGUAA